AGACCAAUCCCGGGGAGGUUGGACGGAUGUUUCCUAUUUUGAGGCGUCCACUCAGGAAAAAAAAAAUGAUUGUCGAUGUUAUUGUUGGAAAAGACGAAAAAGGCAGAAAGAUCCCAGAAUAUCUGAUCCAUUUUAAUGGUUGGAACAGAAGCUGGGAUAGAUGGGCAGCGGAAGAUCAUGUGCUUCGUGAUACCGAUGAAAAUCGUAGAUUACAGCGUAAAUUGGCAAGAAAAGCUGUAGCUCGCCUGAGAAGCACAGGAAGAAAGAGGAAGCGCUGCAGGUUGCCUGGUGUUGACUCUGUCUUAAAAAACCUCCCUGUUGAAGAAAAAGAUGAAAAUGAUGAAAACUCAGUAAGCAGUUCCUCUGAUGACAGUAGUGAAGAAAAAAAUGAAGAAAUAAGUGGAGAAAGUGAUAUUGAAGAAAAGACCGAAAGGAAAGAAGAACCGGAGCUGCAAAAAAAAAGGGAAAUGGAAGAAAGAACAGUAACUAUAGAAAUCCCUGAAGUUCUGAAGAAGCAGCUUGAGGAUGAUUGUUACUAUAUUAACAGGAGGAAACGGUUAGUGAAACUUCCAUGCCAGACCAACAUCAUCACUAUUUUGGAAUCCUACGUGAAGCAUUUUGCUAUCAAUGCAGCCUUUUCAGCCAACGAGAGGCCUCGUCACCAUCACACUAUGAUGCACGCACACAUGAAUGUGCAUUAUAUCCCAGCAGAGAAGAAUGUUGACCUUUGUAAGGAGAUGGUGGAUGGUUUAAGAAUAACUUUUGACUACACUCUCCCGUUGGUUUUGCUCUAUCCAUAUGAACAAGCUCAGUAUAAAAAGGUGACUUCGUCUAAAUUUUUUCUUCCAAUUAAGGAGAGUGCCACCAAUCCUAAUAGGAGCCAGGAGGAGCUCUCUCCCAGCCCGCCUUUGUUGAAUCCGUCCACGCCGCAGUCCACAGAGAGUCAGCCGACCACAGGUGAGCCAGCCACCCCCAAAAGGCGCAAAGCCGAGCCGGAAGCGCUGCAGUCUCUGAGGCGGUCCACGCGCCACACUGCCAACUGUGACAGGCUGUCGGAGAGCAGCGCCUCGCCUCAGCCCAAGCGCCGGCAGCAGGACACGUCCGCCAGCAUGCCCAAGCUGUUCCUGCACCUGGAAAAGAAGACACCUGUGCACAGCAGAUCAUCUUCACCUGUUCCUCUGACUCCUAGCAAGGAAGGGAGUGCUGUGUUUGCUGGCAUUGAAGGGAGAAGAACUAAUGAAAUAAACGAGGUCCUCUCUUGGAAGCUUGUGCCCGACAGUUACCCCCCAGGGGACCAGCCGCCUCCACCCUCUUAUAUUUAUGGGGCACAACAUUUGCUGCGAUUGUUUGUAAAACUUCCAGAAAUCCUUGGAAAGAUGUCCUUUUCUAAGAAGAAUCUGAAGGCAUUACUGAGGCACUUUGAUCUCUUUCUGAGGUUUUUAGCAGAAUACCAUGAUGACUUCUUUCCAGAAUCGGCUUAUGUCGCCGCCUGCGAGGCGCAUUACAGCACCAAGAACCCCAGGGCAAUUUAUUAGAGCACUGACGGUCCUGUAAGAGCAGCUGCACUGUUUUGCUUUGUGCUGUGGGUCCCAGGUGAAGAACUAAGGAGAUGGUGGUCUGCUUUACACAGUGCAAAUGUGACGCCCACCCUGGCGGCUCCAGCAGAGGUGGCCUUGUUACUUGAGUUGACCCCACAUUCUAUAGUUACUUCUGUUAAGAGUUACUUCCUAGGUGCCUGAAAAUGCUCUGACAUGACACCUGCCACUGCACAGGCCAUCUGUGAUGGCAGGAAAAGAGCAGUUGUGUUCGCAGUGAAACGUUCCUGAAAGUAUAUGUAGGUCAGGCUGUUCCAGUAGACAAUGCAGUUAGUUAUUAGUGAGAACUACGUUGUUUAGUUAUUUGUUAGCAUUAAAUAAAAUUGUUUUGCAAACUCUUUUCAAGUUUGUAAUGAGCCUGAGCAACUCUAUCCAACAAAUUUUAGUUUGUACUUGGAAACUGUGAAGUAGCCUCAAAGUAUUUUAGAGGGAAUCAGUACUGAUAGCAGAAGAAGACUUGCAGCUAUACAUUUGCCUGUCACAGUUUCCUUUCUGAAAAGUUAUUUUUGGUGAUCUACAUAAAGCAUUGUCUGUCUCGUUUGAGAUUUUACAGCUAUACUUUGUUGUAUAAUGUUAUAGUUCCCUUUCUGUAAAAUGUUAUUUUUGGUGAUCCAAAUAAAGCAUCGCCUGUCUUGUUUGAAAGAA